GUCCAUCUGGUCAGUGAGCCGUGGAGCCCUCUCUCCAACCUGCUUCCACGGGGAUCUGCUUCCUGACAGUGAGAGAUGACUGUAGCCUGGAGACAUCUGCUGAGAGCUUUGCACCUGCAGACCUUAUCUCCCAGGACCCCCAAGGCGGGCCCUUCCCUGAAUGGUGCUUUCUGGACAUCUGUGACCAAACUCGGUCUUCAUACAAAGCCCAUCAUGCCUCCGUGUGACUUCACACCUGAAAGAUACCAGUCGAUCGCCUACAGCCGAGUCCUGGACAUUCACAAGCAACACCUUUCUCCUGUGCAGACGGCCUAUUUCCCAGAGCCUCUGCUGCUCCAUCAGGGCCACAUGGAGUGGCUCUUUGAUUAUGAGGGAAACAGAUACCUGGAUUUCUUUUCUGGGAUUGUCACUGUCAGCGUUGGUCACUGCCACCCGAAACUAAACGCCGCGGCACAAACGCAGCUUGGCCGCCUGUGGCACACAAGCCCCGUCUUCUUCCACCCUCCCAUCCACGAAUACGCAGAGAAGCUUUCAGCGCUUCUUCCUGAGCCUCUGAAGGUCAUUUUCUUGGUGAACAGUGGCUCAGAAGCCAAUGACCUAGCCAUGCUGAUGGCCAGAGCACACACAAAUAACACAGACAUCAUUUCUUUCAGAGGAGCCUACCAUGGGUGCAGUCCUUACACAAUUGGCCUGACCAAUGUAGGGUUCUACAAAAUGAGAAUCCCCACUGGGAUGGGCUGCCGAUCCACAAUGUGCCCAGAUGUUUUCCGUGGGCCUUGGGGAGGAAGCCACUGCCGAGAUUCUCCAGUGCAAACAACGAGGGAAUGCAGCUGUGCACCAGACUGCUGCCAAGCCAAAGACCAGUAUAUUGAACAGUUCAAAGACACCCUGAGCACUUCUGUGGCCAAAUCCAUUGCUGGAUUUUUUGCAGAGCCAAUUCAAGGGGUGAGUGGAGUGGUUCAGUACCCGAAAGGGUUUCUAAAGGAAGCCUUCGAGCUGGUGCGUGAGCGGGGAGGCGUGUGCAUUGCAGAUGAGGUGCAGACAGGAUUUGGAAGGUUGGGUUCUCACUUCUGGGGCUUCCAAACCCAUGACGUCCUGCCAGAUAUUGUCACCAUGGCUAAGGGGAUUGGGAAUGGCUUUCCCAUGGCGGCAGUUGUGACAUCUCCAGAGAUUGCCGAGUCUUUGGCCAAAUGCCUGUUUCACUUCAACACCUUCGGGGGGAACCCCGUGGCCUGUGCCAUUGGAUCAGCAGUGCUUGAGGUGAUUCAAGACGAAAACCUACAAGAGAACAGCCGAGAAGUGGGCACCUACUUGUUACUGAAGUUGGCUAAGCUGCGGGAUGAAUUCGACAUUGUUGGAGAUGUCCGAGGCAAAGGCCUCAUGAUAGGAAUAGAGAUGGUGAAGGAUAAGACAAGCCGCCAGCCUCUUCCCGAGGAAGUAAAUCAAAUCCUGAUGGACUGCAAAUGCAUGGGGCUGCUGAUUGGCAGAGGUGGCAUUUUUUCUCAGACGUUCCGCAUUGCACCCUCGAUGUGCAUCACUAAACCAGAAGUCGAUUUUGCGGUGGAAGUAUUCCGUUCGGCCUUAAUCCAACACAUGGAGAGAAGAGCUAAAUAAAUACCUUUUAAAUAAAAAAAUCACAAGCCUCAAGAACUUCCCACUUAGGCUCAAGAGUGAAUUUGAGAAAUUCCAGAACCACUGGUGUUAGUUGUAAGUAGUUGACUGCCUCGCAGUCGUAUUUGUUAACGGAGCCUCUGUUAUCCUGAGAAAGCCGUCCUUUAGGAAUGGGUGUCUCUCCCUAGCUCAGAAGUAGAUCCUAAUUAGUCUAGGUUACUUAUGGUCGUUUGAUUCCCUUUGUGGUAACAGUUUAGGCCUGAUAUGUGACACGAUUCCUGAAGGAGAAUCUCUUGAUGGAGGUGCCUUCAGGGAAAGUUUCUUCAUCUUUUGCUUUUCAUCUCUGGAAGAGAUGUCCUUUUUCUUGCACUGAAGAGUCCUAUAUCAGGAUGGGACUGUUCCAGCCAUGCAGCCACAUUGUGGCCAGGGCUUAUUUGCUGAGGUUGGAGGAUAGAAGGAAGCUGAGUCCUUAGUGAUGUCAGUGGGCACUGAUUUAACCAAUCCUGGAGCCACCUUACCUUGGGGCUUCUUGUUAUAUGGGAUAAUAAAUCAAUACAUUGCACAA